AUGCCAAACUAUGCUUGUCACGUGCUUCACUCGCUGCUGUCCAUGUGGCCUAAACCGGCGUCCCUGACAUAUUUUUCCAGCUGGCAUCUUUUCAGGGAAAGGUUUGAAAAAUUGGAAUGCACUCGUUUGCAAUUAAGGUUCAACACCUGGAGUUCCGACACAGAUCAAGCAAAGCAGAACUACAGGAUGAACGUCGAUCAACUUAUCAAUCAAGCGCAGCAGCUCUUCGAGCAAGGCAGACAUCAAGAGGCUGUCGAAUCGCUAACUACCGCUACAAAGCAAGACCCUUCUCCAAACCAGCAAUCGUACAUUGAAGAGACGAUCAAUAAAAUUGGCCAGCAUGUGGUGAACAACGGUGACGAGAGCGGCACCCGUGGUAUCGGUGGAUCGCUGAUGAGUGCUUUCAUGGGUGGCCAGGGAAACAGCGGCUAUGGCGGUUCCCAAUCCCAAUUGAGCAAGCUGGCCCUGCUCAGCACGAUCUUGGGCUCUUCCAACAAGAAUUCAGGCUCUUUCAACUUGGGCUCUGUUGCCUCGAUGUUCACCGGCAGCGGCAAGCAAAACACUCAAAAUUACGGUAACAACAACUACGGUAACAACAACUAUGGCAACCCCCAGAACAACUACGGCUACAACAACGGGGGAAACCAGUCUGGUAGCGGCUCUGGGCUGUCUUCUUUGGCUGGCAAACUGUUUGGAGGAAAGCACAGCUCUCAGCAAAACAAUACACCACCUCCCCCUCCUCCACAGCAGCAACAGCAGUCAGGCUCUUUUGGGAGUCUCGCUUCCAUGACUAGCUCGUUUUUAGGGGGUGGCAAGCAGUCCAACCACGGCAACCAAGUCCCACCACCUCAACAGUACGGCAACCCUCAACAGGGCAGUUACGGCCAAAUGUACAACUCUGGCUCUCAGGGACAACAGCAGGGACAGUACGGUAAUUACGGAGAGCAGGGCAACUAUGGUCCACCAGGUGGGCACCGCCCUCAAGGUAACCACGGUCCACCAGGUGGCUUUGGCUCACAGGGCGGGAACUUCGGUGGCAGACAAGGCAACAGUGGUUCGCACGAAAACUUUGGUCAAGGCGGCGGCUAUGGCCAAACUGGCCGUCACGAACAGCAAGGCCGUUUUGAGAAUCAAGACAACUUUGGCUCUCAAGGAAACUACGGCCAGGGUGGGUACGGUCAACAGAACAACUUCAGUGAAUCUGGUUUUGAGGGACGCAGAGGCGGUCAGGCAAGUGAGUACUACCAGGGCCAACAAUCGGGCUCAGGUCAAGGGUACCAACGUCCUUCGGACAACCAGAACCAAGAGUCAUCUGGCCAAGGUUUUAGUUUUGCUGGUAACUUCGUCCCUGGUAACGGCAGAAAUUAA